ACAAUCUGCACUAUAAACCUGUAUUCCAAGCUCAAUAUGUUGUGCACGUCUGCACGUAAACGAAAGAAGAGAUUUUCAGAAAAUGCAUUCACUACAUCACCAAGCCUUUUUGUAAUAAAGGCAGGGAAGCGAUUGGAAACUGUUAUUUCGUUUUGAAACUGUCGAAUCAAAAUGCUUAGAUUACGACCGUCCGAUAUUCAUUAUUCGCAGGAUUCGAUAAACAACACUUUCGACGCGAGGUGUAAACACAGCGGAGUAUCAAUCGGACAGACAUUGGAUGAUAUUCUCGAAGGGAGGACAAACAUGAACAGUAUUCCAAUCAUCACGGUUGUGGAAAGGAAAGGGAAAUGGGUUACGGCCGACAACCGGCGCCUAUGGGUGUUCCGUGAGCUUGAGUGGCUCGGGAAAUGUAUCUACAUCGACGUAUAUGAAGACUACUUUAUACCGGCCGAGAAACUCACGUCAACUAACGGCGGCAUUACGGUGCGCGUGCGCGGACACACGGGCAGCUACUGGCUUAACCGGUUGUCAUCCAUGAACAACGACAACAUCGCGUUACGAAAUUCAUACGACGCCAACAACGCGAGGUCGUACAGUAGCAACUCUUACAGCUACCCUUCGCCGCCCGCGCGAGUUCAACUGCCUCAGUACGUGUAUCAAGAAAGUAUUUCGUCAAAUUCGUAUAAGAGAGCGUCACCGGAACCUCGCGAGAACGACGGGUGGUGUGAAAAAAUAUUAACAAUUUUGUGUAUGAUGCUCAUAGUAGUAAUUGUAUGGAAUGUAUCCAUUUAAUACCAAUGCCGUUUUUCUAUCAUAUUUAAAUGUCAGUUGUUGCACUUGUACACAUUAAAGCGCUUUUCACACUGUACCUGACAUUAAAGAUAGAGUAUACAAUCUUACUACUAGUAAAACAGAACGCUGAUGAUAAAAAACUACAACAACCAAACCAGGCUAUGAAGAAGUAGCCGAAGAUUAUAAACUAAAGUAGAGUUUUAUACAAGUGUAAAUAAUUUAUGCUGGACCUCAGAAAACCACUUUAUUUAGACAAAAUAUUAAAACUCUUUGAAAAAAUCAUUAAACUGUGCAGAUGCGUUUAAACGAUACCUAUAUAAUAGAUACAGUUUUGUUUCUCCUACAAAUACGAGAAAACGUGCCGCUAUCGGCGUUAACUUUUUCGUAGAAAAUCUCAUUGAACCAAACAACAUUUGUUUGAUGGUGCCAUAUAUAAAGAUUUUUUUAUAUAAAUUUCGUAAAAUUAUUUUAUUUAGUAAACACAUAGAUAUAUUUAAA